AUGCCAAAACGAACAUUUCUAUCCCGUGAAGAGAAACGAGCACCAGGAUUUAAAGCCGCAAAAUAUCGCUUAACACUUCUACUGGGUGGUAACGCAAGCGGGGAUUUCAAAUUAAAACCACUACUAGUUUACCACUCCAAUAACCCAAGAGCGAUGAAAGGCAUAUCUAAAUCAACUUUACCUGCAAUUUGGGAGUCUAAUAAAAAAUCAUGGAUAGCUAUGAAAAUUUUCCAGGAUUGGUGCACUGAACAUUUCUGCCUGUCUGUUAAACGUUAUUGCGAAAUUAAGAAACUUGAACAAAGAGCACUACUAUUAAUUGAUAAUGCUCCAAGCCACCCAACAAAUUUAUCAGACUUAAUAACAUGCAUUCCAGUCGAAGUGGUUUUUUUGCCGCCUAACACAACUGCCUCAAUCCAACCAAUGGACCAAGGCGUUAUAUCCAAUUUUAAGGCUUAUUACUUGCGGCAAACAUUAAAGCAGAUGUUUGACAAAAUAGACGGAGAAGAGAAGCAAUCAAUAAGAGAAUUUUGGAAAAACUACAAUAUCAUGAACGCUGUAGAAAACAUAAACCUUUCUUGGAAUGAGAUAACUGAAAGAACUUUGAAAGGAGUAUGGAAGAACAUUUGGCCAGAUUUAAGACAGCAGCUAGUCUUUCUAAUGAUGAGCUCAAGGAAUUAA